AUGAUCUCACGACAUCCCUUCAUACCAGCUGCAGUCGUGGCUAGUAGCUUAUACCUCGCUCGCUCUCGGCCCAGACAAAAUGGCGCCAACUCUCCACAACUCAACUCCCUCACAGAGGCCUUCUCCAGCACGCGAUGGGCGAUGCACAUCAACGAACUACCCGUAGAGCUGCUGAUGUCCAUCUUCGAGACCGCUCACGAGGAUGCACCACCAUCCCUGCGGGUGCCCGCGUUACUGGUGGUGUCGCACGUAUGUCGACGAUGGCGGCAAGCGGCGCUCCAAUCCGAGAGAUUAUGGUCUUGUUUACCGCUUACAUCCGCAAUCUGGACCGACGAAUGCUUGUCACGAUGCAGAACUGCGCCGCUGGACAUACACGCACGCUAUAGCGCGUGGCAAGCGAAUCGUUCCGCGGACGUCCUCGAGCUGCUUGCAAGCGAGCUUCGCCGUACAGGAACAUUGUGCAUAUGCGUACCAGAAGAUUCCGCGACAUCGUCGAGAGUGCUUCCGAAGGUGAUGGACAUACUCAACACCCACGACGCGCCUCUGUUAGGAACGCUCCUCCUUAGCUUCCGCCGCUACACCGCCAGGGAGAUCAUCCUACGCGCGUAUACGCCAUCAAAGCCGCUCUUCCUUGGUCACUCACUUGAGAUGCUACGCAAUGUUGCCUUCGUUGACGCAAUCGUGUCACUCGAGUGUCUCGCGCUAUUCCCCAAUCUACGCAGCCUAGAGCUUAUCAACUCGAUGGUCUGGCACAACACCGCAGAGUUUUUGGCGUUCUGUCGGACCUUCCCUCGGUUGGAGGAACUCGUCUUCAUCUAUGAUCGAGGCGCAGCGUCAGCGCGACAGUACCCGGUCACAAUCACUAUCGACGACGAGAAAGCGCCUGCGCGAUGCAUGCCAAUGCGUGGUUUGAAGAAGUUCGUGCACCACGCACCUCCAGUACAUAUGGCGAGGACUUUUGCACUUCUUGAUAUCCCUACCACUGCAACGGUCAUGCUCUCUUACGACGAUGACCGGUGGACACACGGACCGGUUGAAGCCGCUUUGGACGCACCCGUUGAUGGCUGGCCGGGUGUGCUCGCAAACCUGCUCGACGCUGCACCCGUGAAUGGUUUAGCAGGGGCUAUGAUAGACCCUCUCGACGCCUUCCCCAUCCUUCAGACGGCUUUGCACGCGCACUUCGCGGACGCGAGCGGGCAACGCUUCCCCACACUCUUGUUUGAUGGGCGUGAGCUUUGCGCAGCAAUCACAGAGAACGACGGGGAAGCCUCCUUGCCAUCUUACUUCCAUAUGACCAUACCAUAUAUUGGAGCUCAGUCUGUCGAGACGAUGCUUGGAAACUCGCCUGUCUUCCUCAAAACGCCCUCCUUGAUCGUCAAGCCACCGCAUCCGUCCAAUCGGAACAGCAUCCCGGGCCUUCUCGCGGAUGAGGUGUACCACGUCUUCCGACUCUUUUCGGGAGUCGCCCGGCUCACGCUGCAUAGCUAUGCACUCUAUCGUUUCAUCGAGCACUACAAGCGUGUCGGGCCGAAGCCUGCCUUCCCAAACCUCGAGAGUUUGCGCAUCGUUGACAUGAACCUCGCUCAAGACAUCAACGACCCAGACAGGCCGAGGCUGGUCAUGAACGAUCUCCUUUGCGCUCUCUUCAAGCCGGGAAGGGUCUCGGACUGGCUGGAGUACAUCGUCUUCGAGCGCUGUACGAUCAACGAGGCGGAUGCGGCGCUCCUGCGCAAGGGUGUGGAUACGGAGUUGAACGUCGAGGGAGCCGAACUUGAGUUCUUGACAUGUACCAUGGUAACGGAUGAAAUGUUCGCCAGGGAGUACAAAGAAGAUGAAUGA